AGACAAACGUAACAUACCAAAGUAGCACAAGUACUUUGUAACGUUUGGGUGCACUCUGAAGAGUUGUUAGUGACUCGAGAAAGAAUCUCUCCACUUGGUUUUGAUGAUGGGUUGGAUGAAAUUCCAUGUCAGUUUGUCUGUCUAAUCAAACAACAUAGGUAACAUCUUUGACUAUCAGAGUGGCUCAACUCAUAGAUGAUGUCCUUGGUUUCGUAGAUUCCCUUUAGUAUUUUAUCCAUCAUUGUUGUCAGAAAUGAAGUUUCCUUUGAAGAACAUCAAAUUGUACUGGCUGCUUGCUCUUACCUCUUGAGCUCAUAAAGAUAGAGAUGGUAGAUCAAGAUGGAGGCUUUAGCGGAGGGUACUACUUCCUAAUCAUGCAGUCUCUUAAUUUAUAUUUAAUACAUGGCUUAACAGAUGUACUGCCAAUGGGUUCAUCCAAUUAUCGAUUUUUGGUUUCAUUAAUCAGAAGCACUCAUGUGACCUCUUUGCUGUCCUGACACCGUAUUACCCAAUAAGGUUCUCAACUACAACAAGAGUUACACUUCUCUUGCUUUUUAAAUAUCCCUUGUCCAUGAUCAUUCAAAGUCAAAUUCGAUGUAUAUAUAAUUACGUAAGACCUAUUGUACCAACAACAACCAUCUCCGGUCUCAGUACAGAGUUAUCAACCAACAGUUACAUCAACUUGAUGUGUAAGCAACAGCAUUACAGAGAAGCACUAGAUGCAUUUAAUUUCCAUCUAAAGAAUUCGAGUAUCCAGCUUGAACCAAGCACCUAUGUGAAUCUAAUCUUGGCCUGCACCAACUCUAGAUCUCUUAAAUAUGGCAAGAAAAUCCAUGAUCACAUUUUAAAAUCCAACUAUCAACCAAACCUUGUUCUCCAAAAUCAUAUUCUUAACAUGUAUGGAAAAUGUGGAUCUUUGAAGGAUGCUAGAAAAGUUUUUGAUGCAAUGCAGUUGCGAAAUGUGGUCUCUUGGACUAUAAUGAUUUCUGGAUACUCACAGAAUGGUCAAGAGAAUGAUGCCAUCAUCAUGUAUAUUCAAAUGCUGCAAUCAGGUUAUUUCCCAGACCAGUUAACAUUUGGAAGCAUAAUUAAGGCUUGCUGCAAUGUGGGGGAUAUAGAGUUAGGCAGGCAAUUGCAUGGUCAUGUCAUUAAAUCAGGGUAUGAUCAUCACUUGAUUGCACAAAAUGCUCUUAUAUCAAUGUAUACAAAGUUUGGACAAAAAGCAAAUGCCUCAGGUGUGUUUAGUGUGAUUUCUACAAAAGAUUUAAUUUCCUGGGCUUCCAUGAUUACGGGGUUUACCCAACUUGGUUAUGAGAUAGAAGCUUUAUAUCUUUUCAGAGAUAUGCUGAGGCAGGGUGUUUAUCAACCAAAUGAGUUUAUAUUCGGCAGUGUAUUCAGUGCUUGCAGAAACCUUCUAGAACCAGAAUUUGGAAGGCAAAUACAUGGAAUGUGUGUUAAAUUUGGUUUAGGGAGGAACGUAUUUGCUGGGUGCUCCCUCUGUGACAUGUAUGCAAAAUUUGGAUUCUUACCUUUAGCAAAAAAGGCUUUUUAUGAAAUUGAAAGCCCUGAUUUAGUAUCAUGGAACGCAGUUAUUGCAGCUUUUGCUGACAGUGAUGAUGUUAAUGAAGCCAUAUCUAUUUUCUGUCAGAUGAUGCAUACAGGAUUGAUGCCAGAUGACAUUACUUUUCUCUCCUUACUUUGUGCUUGUGGGAGCCCUGUGACACUUAAUCAAGGCACGCAAAUACAUUCUUACAUUAUAAAAAUAGGUUUGGAUAGGGAAGCAGCUGUAUGCAACUCUUUGCUGACCAUGUAUACAAAGUGUUCAAAUCUACAUGAUGCAUUCAGUGUUUUCAAAGAUAUAAGCAACAAUGCCAAUUUAGUUUCCUGGAAUGCAAUUCUAUCAUCAUGCUUGCAGCACAAACAAGCAGGAGAGGCUUUCAGAUUAUUUAAGCGUAUGCUUUUUUCUGAAAAUAAGCCUGACAAUAUCACGAUAACUACCAUAUUAGGAACUUGUGCAGAAUUGGCAUCUCUAGAGGUUGGGAAUCAAGUCCAUUGCUUUAGUGUUAAAAGUGGCCUUGUGGUUGAUGUUUCUGUCAGCAAUAGAUUGAUUGACAUGUAUGCAAAGUGUGGAUCACUUAAACAUGCUCGAGAUGUUUUUGAUUCAACCCAGAACACAGAUGUUGUCUCAUGGAGUAGUUUAAUUGUUGGUUAUGCUCAGUUUGGACUUGGACAUGAAGCUCUUAAUCUCUUUAGAAUGAUGAGGAAUCUUGGUAUCCAGCCUAAUGAGAUUACAUAUCUGGGGGUUCUCAGUGCAUGCAGUCACAUCGGAUUGGUGGAGGAAGGCUGGCACUUGUAUAAAACCAUGGAAGUGGAACUAGGGAUUCCACCAACUAGAGAGCUAGUUUCUUGCAUGGUUGAUUUGCUUGCUCGUGCUGGAUGCUUAUAUGAAGCAGAGAAUUUUAUUAAGAAAACAGGACUUGACCCUGACAUUACUAUGUGGAAAACUCUACUUGCUUCUUGUAAAACUCAUGGAAAUGUUGACAUUGCAGAGCGGGCUGCAGAAAAUAUACUAAAAAUUGAUCCUUGCAAUUCUGCUGCUCUGGUGCUACUUUCUAAUAUACAUGCUUCUGCCGGAAAUUGGAAAGAAUUUGCCAGGUUAAGGAACUUGAUGAAACAAAUGGGUGUACAGAAGGUUCCUGGUCAAAGUUGGAUAGAAGUUAAGGAUAAGAUCCAUGUGUUCUUCUCAGAAGAUAGUUCCCAUCCACAGAGGGCCAAAAUCUGCACAAUGCUUGAAGAUUUAUGGUUGCAAAUGCUGGAUGAUGGUUAUGAUCCAUCUCAGAGCUUAGACAUUAGCAUUUGGUAGGAACUCAACUGGUUAUGAUCCUCUUCCAAAAUCUAUAUUGAUUAUGAACUACCUCUAGAAUCUAGAUAGGUUGAGGCAGCACUUGAAGAAAUUUUUUGUUUUGAUUGAUCCCAAGAGUUGGUGACACUAUUAAUUUGAAAAUGCAAAAUCUUAUCAUUAUUCCUAUUUUAUGUAGUAGCAAUUGGCAGUGUUUUUGUGCAUGACUUAUUGGCAUCUUGAUCUAGGUAUCACUGAACUAUCUAUUCUACCUGUAAGUCAAUUUUUCACAAGCAGGUUACUGCUUUAACUGAGCCUAACGUCUCCG